AUGUCCACAAACAAAGACCUAGCCGGGAAAGUUGCAAUCAGCUCUAGCCGCGGCAUCGGCGCCGCAAUAGCCCUUAAGUUCGCCCACCGUGGAGCAGACGUAGCCAUAAAUUACGUCUCUAAUGCCGCCGCAGCCGAUGCCAUCGUCGAGCAGAUCCGUGUCCUAGGUGUGCGCUCCCUCGCCUUCAAAGCCGACGUCUCACAGGAAGAAGAGGUGAAAGCCAUGUUCGAGACUGUGCACCGUGAAUUUGGCCGCCUCGAUAUUGCAGUCAGUAACUCAGGCAUCGAGCAUUUCGGCGAUCUCUCCGAGGUGAAGGGUAGCGAUAUCGACGCUGUCUUUGCGGUUAAUGUUAAGGGUCAAUAUUUCGUCGCUCAGCAAGCCUAUCGUUUCAUGGAGGAUUAUGGGCGUGUUAUGCUGACUUCGUCGAUUUCAGCCGUCAGGGGCGUCCCUCGUCAUGCUGUCUAUGCUGCCUCGAAAGCGGCUGUCCAGGGUAUGACCAAGUGUCUUGCGAUGGAUUUCGGUCCGCGGAAUAUCACUGUUAAUUGCAUUGCGGCUGGCGGUGUUAAGACUGAUAUGUAUGCUGAGAUGUCGGCGAAGUAUAUCCCCGGUGGUGAGAAGAUGAGUCCUCAGCAGAUCGAUGAGGCUUUGAGUAAGUGGUCACCGCUGGGUCGACCUGGGGAAGUUGAGGAUGUUGCUGGGGUUGCGUCUUUGAUUGCUAGUCCUGAGUCGCAGUGGUUGACUGGGCAGACUUGGCAGGUCUCUGGUGGUGCUUAUAUGGCGUAG